AUGCUGUUUCUUCUGGCCACAUUCGCAUUGUCCAGGAUCAUUUCAAGCAGUGAGAAACAAGAAGUGAUGGUUGUUACGGUGGCCACAGAAGACACCGAUGGCCUUCGGCGACUUCACAAGUCUGCUGAAAAGUUUGACAUUAACAUCCACGUGCUGGGAAUGGGAGAAGAUUGGAAUGGAGGCGAUACGAGAAUUGAACGGGGUGGUGGUCAGAAGAUCCGGAUCCUACGAGAGUGGCUGAAGCAGCAAAAACCUGAUGACGACGUGUUGAUUUUGUUCAUAGACGCUUACGAUGUGGUGUUUACUGCUGGUCUCAGCACAAUUCUGGGACGAUUUCACGAUCACUUCGGCGACAAACGCAUAUUGUUCGGCGCUGAACCGUAUUGCUGGCCAAAUGAAUCGCUAGCACCGGACUAUCCCGUAGUGGAAUUUGGAAAAAGAUUUCUCAACUCAGGGCUAUUUCUUGGCUAUGCGAAAGAAGUUUACACGAUGGUCACUCUGCGAGAUGUUGCCGAUAAUGACGACGACCAACUGUACUACACAAUGAUUUAUUUGGAAAAAAAACUACGAGAUGAUCUCAAAAUUGGCCUCGAUUCAAUAGCUCGAAUCUUCCAAAAUCUUAACGGUGUCGUCGAUGAUGUUGAGUUGCAAUUUGACGAUGAAGGAAAUGCCCUAGCCUACAAUGCCGCCUACAACACACAUCCAGCGAUUCUUCAUGGUAAUGGUCCGAGCAAAAUGCAUCUUAACUACCUGGCCAACUACGUCUCCAGAAGCUGGUCAUCUAAGAGCGGAUGCGCCAUCUGUGAGACGAAAGUGAACCUCGACAUGAAGGACACCGAUCCAGCCGACUUCCCAUUGGUGGCGCUAUCGAUAUUUAUCGCCAAACCGAUACCAUUCGUAAAAGAGAUGCUCGAGGCAUUGGCACGGAUGGACUACCCCAAAAAGAAGUUGGUAUUAUUCAUUUACAAUUCGCAGCGGUCCAAUAUAAAGACGGUGAUGGACUUCCUUUCCGAAUAUGGAACACUGUACUUCUCGAAGAAAAUCAUAAAUGGUGUUUUGGAAAUCGAUGAAAGAGAAGCGAGACAGGAAGCGUUAGGGAUCGUGGCGCCUAUGAUAGCACAACCGAAGAAAAUGUUCACGAAUUUCUGGGGUGCUCUUUCUUCAAAUGGAUACUACGCCAGAAGUGAGGACUACGUGGCGAUCGUACAGCGAAAGCGAAUUGGCGUGUGGAAUGUCCCUUUUGUGACGUCUGCCGUUCUAAUCAACAAAGAGAAGAUGAGAGAAAUGAAGACACCGUAUUUCUACGACAAAACCCUCGACGUCGACAUGUCUUUUUGCAAAUGGGCUAGAGAUAAAGGCCACUUCAUGUACGUUGACAACGAGCACUACUUCGGUUUUCUCAUAGUUAGUGAGGACUAUGCCGACAUAGUCCACAGUGGGAAACUCCAUCCCGAGUUAUGGGAAAUUUUCGAAAAUCGUGAGGUACGACGUUGUAUUUACCGUCUCAACAACUUUUUGUGUUAG